UCAUGUUCUUCAUAAUUAUGGCAAAGACUAUGAUUAUCUUGGGUAAAACGUCGGGGACUGGGUCCACCUUUCAGUGAAGGGCUCUAUUGAAAACUGCUGUGAAACGCUAGAUAUUGGUUAAGAACGUAGUCUACGCAAUUAAUCUUUAUGUUAGUUGUCAAUUUUACCAAAGCAAAAUGCCAGCAGGACUGCCUCGCACCACGAAACAGUGCUUUUGGAAGGAUGCUCAAAUAGUUCCUUCUAAAAGAAGCGAAGGGAGCAUGUUUCAGAGCCGAACAGAGCUGACGUCAUAGGGUCUGGAGCACACUGGACCAGCUUUCAGCCAGCAGCCGUAGAUGGGUUCGGAGGAGUUGGAACAAAUCAAGGCGGAUGCUCAGAGACUGCCAUUCCUGUUUCCAUGGGAACAGAGAUCGACUCUCACAGAAAGCAAGCCAUAAGUCAUUACGCUGAGCUGCCUGAAUCUGCCCAAUGCUAUUUUUCGCCAGCUUGACUUCAGAAAAGACAGAUCUGUGGAUGUGCUUCACUUUCUGCUUUGGCUGGGGUGUAGCAACAAGGCUCAGUGCUGUGGCUGCUGCAGCUCCUGUCUGAGAAAAAACUUGCUGAAGGAUUCCUUCUCCUCCACAGAGUGAUAAUAAUGACACAACUGCAGUUUAAAGACGCAUUUUGGUGCAAGGAGUUCACCUUCCACACUGGCUAUGAAGUGCUUGUACAGCGGCUGUUGGAUGGGAGGAAGAUGUGCAAAGAUGUGGAGGAUUUGCUCAAGCAGAGAGCACAAGCAGAAGAGAGAUAUGGAAAAGAACUGAUUCAAAUCGCCCGAAAAGCAGGAGGACAAACAGAAAUCAACACACUGAAGGCAGCAUUUGAGAGGCUCAAGCAACAAAUCGAAAGUGUUGGAAACUCUCAUAUCCAGCUGGCAGUAAUGCUGAAGGAUGAACUGAAAGGAAUAGAGGAGUUCCGAGAAAGACAGAAGGAGCAAAGAAAAAAGUACGAGUCUGCAAUGGAGCGCAUGCAAAAGAGCAAGUUGUCUCAUUAUAAGAAAACAAUGGAGUCAAAGAAGACCUACGAACAGAAAUGCAAGGAGGCGGAUGAGGCUGAGCUGUCCUUUGAGCGGACAAGUGCUUCAGGCAACCAGAAGCAAACAGAAAAGAGUCAGAACAAAGCCAAGCAAUGCAGAGAUGCCGCAAAUGAAGCAGAGAACGUGUACAAACAGAACAUUGAGCAGCUGGAUAAGGUCAGGACAGAGUGGGAAAAGGAACAUAUCAAAACCUGCGAGGUCUUCCAGCUUCAGGAGUGCGACCGCAUCACCAUCCUCCGCAACUCGCUGUGGGUUCACUGCAACCAGCUCUCCAUGCAGUGUGUGAAGGAUGAUGAGCUGUAUGAAGAGGUUCGGGUAAGCUUGGAGAACUGCGUUGUAGAGUCAGACAUAGACUACUUCAUUAAGACUAGAAUGACAGGAACACAACCUCCAGCUGCAAUAGGAUAUGAGAACUACUACAGCAGAGAACCAAACAGAGGCAACAACAGCCCAACCCAGUCUUGUGGGAUGAUGAAGAGAUUCUCUGGACUACUGCAUGGAAGCAGCAAAAACAACAUGGAAAGUGCCACUCCUUCAGCCCCUCCUCUUGAAGAGAAAACAGACGGAGUCUAUGCAUCCAUUUUUGCAAAUGAACGAGCUGGAAUCACAUCAUCACAGGACUACAGAGUACUUUAUGACUACACAGCCCAGAACACGGAUGAACUGGACAUCAGUGAAGGAGACAUUGUAGUUGUCAUUGAAGAAAAUGAGGAUGGCUGGUGGACAGCAGAAAGGAAUGGGCAGCAAGGCUUUGUGCCGGGGUCUUAUCUCAAAAAGCUUUGAUGAAAAGAAGCCCCAGUCCCCAGACUUUAAAAAUACUCUAUUACUGAAAACAAACAGCACACAAGGUCUGCUUCAGCUGACUAAGGGCAACCCAUAAUGCUGUCUUCUACAAUUACCAGUCAGGAAAUAAGCAGUCCUCUUCCUUCCUCCUGCCCCAUCCCAGCACCUCCUGGCCUACACUGUCUGCAAAAACCGUCUUCAGAGAGACUAGGACUUGCGUUUCUUACCAUGGUUCUUCCUACCCUCAGCACACAGUGUUGCAAAGCUUUGCGAAUCUGGGAGGAAAAUUCUGCCCAGAACUUAACUGCACUAAAGGAAAAAGAUCAAGGAAGCAAGUGCUGUUUCUCCAGGAUGGAGGACCAUCUCCAGCCAGCCUGGGAGCCACCCUCAUAGUCACAGCAAUCAUGUUCUCUGCCAUGGAUCCCCUCCUCUCGCUGCACAGGCCAUGCAAACAUUUUUGACAGCGGGGUGGAAAGCACCCUCAGAAAGCAGGUAGCUUUGAUGUCGCAGGGUCUUAGCUGUACAAAGCAAGGAAGAAGCUCUCUUAAGUUCCUUUUAACAGCCCUCUUUCAAGUUCCCCUUACAGCACACAGGUAACCAGGGAGAAAGGUGAGGAACUCUCCACUGUUCUUCGUCAGUCACUGAUGAAAAUAUGAAAAACAAUAAGUGCAGCUAGAGAAGAGCACUUGAAGGACUGACACAUCAGUAGUAAGAAAACACAGGGCACUCCCCAUGGCUCUGCUUUGCACUGGAUUCUGGGGCAGCGAAAUCCGCACAGAUGAUGAACCCACAAGGCUUGCUGUUGCCUUGGUUGGAUGGUUUCCCUGACACCUCCCUGGGACUUUUCAUGUUUAAAAAAAACAACAAAUAAGCAAAGCCUCCAGCAGUGCUGCGCUGUCCUGAUCCCUCUCCUCUGAGCACCAGAGAAGUGCCAAUUACCUCCUCACACAAUCUGCAUACCCGUGCCAUCAAUGCAUUCUCCUCUCAACUCCUCUGCCCACUUGGCUGAUCCUUUUCUGCCCACAGGCUUUUCUAACCGCUAGCUACAGCCUCUGCACCUCUGGGAUUGCUGGCACAGACACGUCCCAGUUCCUUUCCAGGCACUUUUAAUGUGCUUGUUGUUCAACAAACCCUCUUCAGAGAAGUCGCACUGUACAGGUUCACUGUAUUUCACAGAUUUCAGCUCUACCAGUCUUUCUAGUUUAAUAUUUAAGAACGUUUCCAACUGCCACUGUACUUACCAAGAGAUUGAUAGAUACUUUCUGCCACUUUUCAGUAUUUCGAGAUGGUUAAAAAAAAUAAAAUUCAGUGAUUUGAUCUGAAGCAGAGCACACUAUUUCUGGGGGCAGAAUGACCUUGUUUGCCAGGGUUUCAGGUCUUAAAACGGAACUAAGUCAGUGAAAAUGAAUCAAAUUGCUACCCAAAAGGCACAGAGCAGGCAGGAACUGUUAGCUAAGACACAGCAGGAAAGACAGAGAAAUCUAGACAGAAGAAAAAGCCAUAAUGGUCAGUGCAAUUAUUCCUUAAAUGAAACAGAAUGAAGGUCAGAGGCACUUGCCGUACCUUAUUCUAAUUUCUUGCUUCACGAAUGGAAUAAAAGUUGCUGCAGGCCCUUUUUCUUUAGUUCCCUGCAGUCCUUUGCACAGGCACGCUUACCCUUCCCACACUUCAAGUUAUUAUGCAGCACAUCUGCAUGAGCGCUGAAGGGGUCUUAGUACCUUGCAUUAGCAGGGGCUCAGAGGAACUGCAGGAACUUGAAUGGCAUUUAAGGCACGAGGUUAUGUGAACAGUAGCGCUCAUUUAGGCCGAAGAUGUUAACAGUAGGUUUCUGUGACCACAUCCGAACUGAACGGUGACCGAAAGAUGGUCCACAGUAGACUUCAACCAGGCCACCGCACUGUAAAUGGUAGCUGUCAGAGACAUCUACAACAUCGCUUUUUAUGUAUAGAGGAAACCUAAAGUAUGAGAGAUUUAAUAUAUUUGCUUCUUGAACACUCAGUAUUUUACUAAGAGAACUGUAAUAAACCAACAAAUACUUAAAUAAAUUUAGGUAGAUAUUUUGCAAAUUAUCUUCAUUCAAGAG